UCAGAUUUCAUUGCACUGUGCAGUCAGAUAGGAAACAACCAAGUAACUUUUAACAAUGUUCCUAUCGCUCAGUGGAAUUGGCUUUGUGGUGGAAUUAUGAUGAAGCAUUUGGGAGUUUUAAGAGCGAUAGGAAACUGAAAGUUUCAUAAAGUGAGAAACUCAAGAUCUGAGACAAAAAAGGACACAGCACCUGCCUCUUGGGAUCUUUUUAAGUGCACAAUCUACAUUGCACUGACAUUUCAGCAGGAUUCAUAUUGGAAUUGAAGAUAGAACAGAUCCAGGAUAGGAAUAUCCAUUUCAGCUGGAUUGAAAAUGUAUUCUGGAUUUUUCAUGGCAGCAGUUUUUUUAAUUCAAUGGAGAUUCAUUUUGACCCAAGGUUCAGUUCCUCAAGACAAUCUGAUUGUGCCAGAACUGAAUAUUUCUGACAAGCAACUGAUCAUUGAAGUAAAUGAAACACUCUCAGUCACUUGCAAGGGCCAAGCAUCCUUGAACUGGUCUGGACCCAACCUACCAAAUUCUACAAAAAACAGAUUAAACAUAACCAACUAUAGGUGUGAUGACGAGCAGAAGUAUUUUUGCAGUACCAUGACUUUAAGGAAGGCUCAUCGCACUGACACUGGAAGCUAUAUUUGUAAAUAUGCCACUCCUGCAGACACUGAAAAUCUUAAAUCCAAGAUCUAUGUAUUUGUCAAAGAUCAUCAGAGUCCAUUCGUAGAACCUCAUACAGAACGGCCCGAAGUGAUAAAGUUCAAUGGAAGCAGUGAGAUUGUGAUUCCAUGCCGUGUUACAGAACCAAACCUACACGUCACCCUGCUGAUGGACCACACAAUCUUUGAAAUUGAUGGAAUAAAUAACAAAUGGGAUCCUAAGCGAGGUUUUAUUCUUCGAAACUUGGAACAUAUUCCUGGCAUGUUGCGAUGCAAAGCCACAGUCAAUAAACAAACUUUUGAAUCUUGUUUUAUGAUAUCCAAGGAAGUUGAAGGAGUGAAAUCUGUUCACCUUAAUACCACUGAAAAAAUCAAGGUGUUAUCUGGAGAAUCACUGUCUAUCAAGUGCACAGCAAAAAUGCCUUUGAAUGCCAGACCUGCAUUUCAGUGGGAGUAUCCCGGCCUAGCAUCUAAUCGGAUAACCAAUAUUUACAAAGCACGUGAAAUCACAACUGUGUUUUACAGUAUUCUAACUCUGAAAGACAUUCAGCAAAGUGAUGAAGGAGACUACAUAUGCAAAGUAUCGAAUAAAAAUACUUUAGAAAACAGGACUAAAGUUAUUGUCUAUGAUAAGCCUUUCAUUAAAGCAAGGGUAAAAACGAACAAACUUUUGGAUGUAAUGGUUGGAGAAAAGUUUGUGAAGCUAUCUGCAAAAGUGAAUGCUUUCCCAACACCAGAGGUGUCCUGGUACAAAAAUGGAAAACUCAUUACGCAGAAUCAGACUUGCUAUGUCCGAAACCGAUAUUCAUUAAAAAUAAUGCGUGUGUCAAAAGAUGAUGAAGGGAAUUACACAAUUUCACUGAACAAUAAGCUGCAUAACCUACAGAAGAACCUCACCUUCACAUUAAGAGUGCUUAGAAAUGAGAAACCACAGAUCUAUGACAAAGGAGCAGGACUCCAAGACAAAAUGUUUUAUCAGCUUGGGAAGAAACACAAGUUGACCUGUACUGCUUUUGGAAUUCCAUCUCCGAGUUUUCACUGGGAAUGGCAGCCCUGUAUCAUCAGCAAGUCUGACAAAAUGUGUGAAACAAACGAUGAUAUGAAAAUUAACAUUACAGAACAUACGACAAGUUUACAGUCACACCAAGACAACAGGAUUGAGAAAAUCAAUAACAAAACAGAACAACAUGAGGAUAGAAACAGUACGAUAAGCACUCUAACUGUGGCUGAAGCCAAGGUGUCAGGGAUUUACUACUGUAUAGCUACGAAUGAUUAUGGUGAAGACCGCAGAAGAAUUAACUUUUACAUUACAGAUCAGCCAGAUCACUUGUACCUCAAAGCAAAUGCCAAUGAAUCUCGAACUGAGGGAGACGACCUAAAUCUCACCUGUCUCGUGAGAAAUUUCUUAAUGCAUGAACCUGCAUGGUAUUACCAGUCCUCAUUGAAUUCAUCGGACAUUAAUCUGAACGAAUACACUCAGAAAGUUUAUGGAAACUACUCCAAAACAUUAUUUCUUAGUAUGAGAAAUUUGACCGAAAACAACACCGGAAUUUACAAAUGCAAAACAAUGAACAACGCUUCCAAAGAGCAGUACGAGAAGCACACCAUGGUCUACAUUAAACCUAAGACCAUCCCAGUCCUUCAAAAGAACCUGACAGGGCAGGAGGUUAACAGCAGUGGUACUGUGAUCCUGACUUGCGAUGUUAGUGGACGGCCUCCUCCGAGCAUCACUUGGUUCAAAAAUGAGCAACCGGUUCUCCCAGCUUCAGGCAUUUUUUUGGAAUCAGGAAACAAAACUUUAAUCAUUGAAAGAGUCAGAUAUGAUGAUGAAGGCGAAUACAAAUGCAAGGCCACCAAUGAGCAGGGAAGUGUUGAAACCUCAGCAUAUGUAGCAGUCCUAGGGUCUGAGGAAAAAUCCAACUUGGAACUGAUCAUUUUGGUCUGUACUGGGGUAGCAGCAACACUCUUCUGGCUUUUGCUCACACUUUUCAUACGUAAACUCAAGAAGCCAAGUUCUGGGGAUGUUAAAUCUGGAUAUCUGUCCAUCAUAAUGGAUCCAGAUGAAGUGCCUCUGGAUGAGCAGUGUGAACAUCUAGCAUAUGAUAGCAGUAAAUGGGAGUUUCCCAGGGACAGACUCAGGCUUGGCAAAACACUGGGACUUGGUGCAUUUGGAAAAGUGGUGGAGGCAUCUGCUUUUGGGAUUGAUAAGUCUUCAACCUGUAAAACAGUGGCUGUAAAAAUGCUGAAAGAAGGCGCUAGCACAAAUGAAUGCAAAGCUCUGAUGUCAGAGCUGAAAAUUCUUAUCCACAUUGGCCACCAUCUGAAUGUGGUGAACAUGCUGGGAGCCUGCACCAAGCCUGGAGGCCCUCUGAUGGUAAUUGUAGAAUAUUGCAAGUAUGGCAACUUAUCCAAUUAUCUCAGGAGCAAGAGGAACGACUUCAUUUUAGUCAAGUGUCAGAGAAACAUUGACCAGCCUGAAACACUUGAUGAUGAGACCAGUCCCGAUGUAAUGGAAGGCAUAAAGCGAAGACUGGAAAGCGUGGCAAGUACAGGAAGCUCAACAAGUUCAGGCUUUGUGGAAGAUAAGAGUUACAGUGACACAGAAGAGGAGGAGGAAGAUGCAGAAGAUCUGUACAAACGACCACUAGGAAUGGAAGACCUGAUUUGUUACAGCUUCCAAGUAGCCAAAGGCAUGGAAUUUUUGGCUUCAAGGAAAUGUAUCCAUCGAGACUUGGCAGCACGGAACAUCCUGUUGUCUGAGAGUAACGUGGUGAAGAUUUGUGAUUUUGGGCUGGCUCGUGACAUUUACAAAGACCCAGAUUAUGUACGGAAAGGAGAUGCUCGACUCCCACUCAAGUGGAUGGCACCAGAAUCCAUAUUUGAUAAAAUCUACACAACUCAGAGUGAUGUCUGGUCUUUUGGAGUGUUGCUGUGGGAAAUAUUUUCCUUAGGUGCCUCUCCAUAUCCAGGGGUGCAAAUAGAUGAAGAAUUUUGCCACAAGUUAAAAGAAGGUACAAGGAUGAAGCCCCCUGAAUAUUCUACAUCAGAAGUCUAUCAAACAAUGUUAGACUGUUGGCAUGGAGAGCCAGGAGAAAGGCCUACCUUCAGUGAGCUGGUGGAACAGCUGGGAGAUCUUUUGCAAGCCAAUGUUCAGCAGGAUGGAAAAGAUUAUAUUCCUUUGAAUACUAUGCUGCCAGCAGAUGGUGAUUCGAACCUUUCUGCAGACCCCAGCCUCACAGAAGACAUAACAAAUCCAAAAGUUAAUUACAAUUGCACAGGAGUCAUCGGACUCAACAGCAACAAUGCAAAGAAGAGGCCAAUAAGUGUAAAAACUUUUGACGAGGUUCCUGUAGAAAAUAAGACUACUGUGAUACAUGAGGAAGGUGAAACUGACAGUGGGAUGGUGCUGCCCCCUGAUGAACUGAAGGCCCUGAAGCGUCAAGAAACCAGAUCCCGCCCUUUUGGACUAAUUACAUUAGCAAUGAGGGCCGUGAGUAAAAGCAAAGAAUCUGUAUUGUCCGAGGCUGAAAACCAUGCUAAUCCACUGCAGCCUGCUGUGUGUGGUAUAGAAGAUGAUGGCCUGGAUUUUGCGCUGGAAGAUUCAGUCCUGUUACCUAUGGAUCAAACUUUAGAAUGCCACAGCCCACCACCAGAUUAUAACACGGUUGUUCGCUACACCACACCACCAGUGUGAAUGAUCUGAAUUUCGAGAAUGUUAACACACCAUAAUUGUCAGUGCUUCUGAGUGAGCAAUAUACAACAGCACAGUAUCACAAAAAUUGUAAAUUGAACUUUUCUAUGAUGCAAAGGGAUAUAGAGAAAGCCAUAUUAGGAUGGAUGUCAGAUCUACCACCAGCACAUAUAUUAAAACCCCACUAUUCAUUCUCUACAAAAUAAAAAUGUAGAUAACGAUUUUUUUUAUAAAGUCCCCAUGUCUGUGGAAAACACCAUGCAAUCGUUAUUACUGUAUGGCUAAGUGGUGGUGAGUACAGAUAGGGAUUUCACAGCUGUGGUGUGUACUCUGACUCAAAUUGUUUCAGUGAAAUAUAUGUCCAAAGUAUCCCAGUCAAUCAUGGGUAUGUCAUGAAAAAAACGUAUAUAAAACAUUUCUGUCAACUGAUUUGCUAAUUGACUGUUCUGAAAAAGGUUCAGUGCCUGAAAUGUAAACCUGUCUGUUCUGUCCACAAACGCUGACUGACUUGUUCUUGUUUACAGUAUUUUCUAUUUUUAUUUUACCAUCUGCAGUAUUUUUACUUAAAUGUUUUGAUUCCUUUGUUCAAAGGAAGAUGCUGUUACAUAUUGUCCAAUGUUCAGUUCUGACAUACUUCAGCCAAUAGGAAAUCCAGUGUUGCUAUUCUGUGACAUUCACCACCAGAAGUCAAGGUGCCCUAUUUUUGUUUAAACCUCCAAACUGAUUGAAGAGAUGGUGAAAUUAUAUGACUAUAAUGAUGUCUAACAGAUUUAACAGUUUAAACUCCCCGAGAAACAUUUGAGAGUUCAAUUGUCAGGACUUGCAGGUUAUUGCCAGGUGAAUUUCAGCUGGACCCCACCAGGCGAAAGUUUCUCGCAGAAAUGAACAAGUACAUCUCAUAGAUAAGUGACAGCAAGCUGUACACAAUCUGAGAGAGAGGUUCUGAUUUCUGGAUCGGGGGUGUGCCAGGGUGGGGGAAAGAAAUGGCAAAUAGAGAAGCAAUGAACUGGCUUGCCACCAACCCUGUUAGAGCUCAACCCUGUAACACUGUGAAUAGAUGAGCUGAAAAUAUCAUUAAACCUCUUCAGGCAUAACAAAAUUUGAACAGUUGCAGCAGGUAAUUAAAAAUUGAUUAUGUCUAACUGAAAGCAACAGAAACUAAAAUUAUAUAAAUGAUAGGAUUAUAUCAACGUGAGAAUGUCUUCACUAUUAUGCAUCCACAUUCUGACAUUUUUUUCUAAUAGGAAUGGCAUUCAAAAAACUUUUUUUCUAAUGUCUUGGAAUUUCGCACCAGAAUUAUUUUCCUGACAUCAGGUGAUUAGCCAGAAGUAUUAAAAUGAACGCCCAACCACCCACACCCUCGCCCACACAAUAUGGAACACAUACAGCAUUAACAUUACCCUCAAUAAUAACUGACUUGUUCAAAUAUUAUAAAGAUGAAAAUAAGUUUUGAACAAUAAUUACAUUGAUCUCCCACCUCCACACCCCCGCAUACUAUACAUUCUCAUUUAACAAGGCACAUAAUAUUUACAUUAUUGAGAAAACUAGUCAUACAUUUUAAGAAGAAGAAAAGUCUGUACCCUCAAGGUAAGAUUGAAUGUGUCCAAUCUCCAGAAACAAUGUCUUCUUAAUAGUCUGAAAACAUGGUUUGGAAAUAUAACAGCUAAUGUUCAGUAAUAACACAACAACUUUAGAAUAGCAGGAAUGAGACUGAACAGCAAUGCUAUAAAAUACAACCUCAAUUACUUUAGAAAAUCAAACUAUUUUGUAAGGUUAAUCAGAAAUUGAGAUUCUGCACUCCCACCCACCCCCUUGUACUUUAACUUAAAUACCAAAGCACAUGAUUUCCACAAAUAGAUACAAAACAUUUUUCAUAAAAAUAGAAAAACGUUAUCUGGGUUUUCAUUUUGGGGGCAUUGGUGGAGACUGGGAGGAACAGCACAAGCGUUUAAAUGAAAAUUAUUCCAUUACAUUACCUUUCACGGAAUGUUUUUGAAUCCAAACAUGGUAUAUCCUGCUGAUGUGUUUUAUCAAUUAGCUAAUAUUCUACAAUUUCCAGUAUUUAUUUCAAAAUAAACAUAUUAAUUAAAUUGAUUAUAUCAGUUUAAUUUCAAUGCUGAAUUUAGUAAGACUGUAAAAUAAAAUAUCAAAAGCACAGUUGUUAAAGCAAUAAUUAAUUUCAACUUCUUCCCUGUCUGUGUGGGUUUCUUCUGGGUGCUCCAGUUUUAUCCCACAGUCCAAAGAUGUGCAGGUUAGAUGGAUUAGUCAGGGUAGAUGGGGUUACAGGAUACGGAGGAGUGUUGGGUCUGGUUGGGAUGCUCUUCAGAAGAUUGAUGCAAACUCGAUGGGCUGAACGGCCUCCUUCCACACUGUACUGAUUCUAUGGUUCUUUGAUUUCUAGAACUGAAUUUAUAUAUUUUAUAAAACAAUCAGACUGCUAAUGUUCUCACAUCUUUGUGGUCGACAAUCAGAAUUUUCACAAAAAGUGUUCCAGAAUAUCUAAGAAGAACUGUUAUGGCUAUUAAUCACUGUCUGCCUUUAUAUGAAUCAUCAUAAUUAGAGUGAUAAACAUCUCAGGUCAUCUCAUAUUGCUGUAUCUAACUACUCUACAUCUUGCACAGGUAUUUGCUGUGCAAUUAACAGUCCAAACCAUUACAAGUAUAUUAAGAGUUGUCCCUGAAUGACAAAUAGUUAAUAUCUUUGCUUUUAGUAAAUUGAAAAAGAAACGUUGCAGUUUAAAGUGGGGAAUACUUUGCAUACUGUGAACUUACAAUUCUUUAAAAAACUCUGGAGUUGGACUUCUUUUGUUUCUGUGAGAAAACAAUAACAAGAAAACAGUUAUUAAUCACUGUAAUUCCCAGAGAGCUGUCAAUCCCUUAAAAUGUUCUAUGAACAAUUUGAAUACGUCCAUAUCAUCUACUGUGAAUGUUACAAGUAUAAUUAGAUGCAUAGUGUUAUUGAAUUAUGUUGCAUAAUGUAUAGUACUGAAUCCAGUCAUUCUAUAUUGCAAUAUAAGAAUUAAAGGCAUCUGAUAUCCCAUCACCUCAUCUAUUUUCUGGUUUCCUACUAUCUUCAUCACCUAUUCAUAUUGUUCCUUCUUCACACCAUGGCUGACUUGAUGAAUGGAAUAGAGAAAUCUGCUUCACUGUAGAUUCAGAAUGAAGAACUUUGCCUUGAAAUUAUAUUGCAAAAAAAUUACAUUAAGAAAAAUAGAAUAAUAUAAGAACAAAUGUAGACCAUUCAAAACCUCUAACCUAUCUGCCAUUGACUGAUAUGUACCUCAACUCCAUUACGGAACUUUAUUCCAUAAUAUCAUAAUGUUCCACCAUUUCAAGUCAAUAGAUCAAUGACACUGCUGAAAUAGUGGACAGAGGAACAUUAGACAAAUAUAUUAAGCAUUAGUGCACUAUUAACACAUAAUGUACUUCCAAGACUGUGAUAUGUUUUACUAAAGCAGAAUAUCAAAAAAUUGUAGUGUAGAGGUGGUACAUCACAUCGUGAAAUAAUCAUGCAUGGGCUCCAGAUGGAGUAAGCUUAAUGAAUUAACUCGCCUUUUUCCUACUCAGAAUUUUUAUCUUAGAACUAAAGCUGCAGACAAUGUAAUAAAAAGAAUAUCCAAUGUCUUUGAAUGAGCUUCAGGCAAGAAGUUAAACUUGUAAACCAAAUAAUAUUCAUUAACACUCAAAUAUCAUCAUAAAUGUGGGAUUCAAUUACUGACAGCUAUUGAUUAUCCUAUGUGUUCAGUUGCACCUAUGUAUAGCUUGUAGUUUUACAUACAAUUAACUGGAAAGAUGUUCAUUUUGCAUUAGGUAACAGGCAGUAACAUUUGAAAUAACUAGUAACAUUUAGAGGGCACAUAUACUUUUGAAAUGUGGUAAUUUCAUUUCCUCUAUGAAACAACUAAUAUUAAUUAACAUUAUUUUGCACAUGCAAAGCACCAAAUGACAACUUGCAAGUCUUAUUGCUUCUUUAAAUUACUCAAUCCAUUGUUCCUCCUGUAAUGCCUUCUUUGCGUUACAUUUUUAUAUCUGUACAGCAUUUCUGCAGAAUGUAAUGCCUAGUUUCAAUACCAUGGUGGUGAAGUUGCAUGUUUAGCUUACUGUCACAGAUAGUUUGAAUAUUCAAUUCAGUAAUUUCCAGUGUUCUGAAAUUAAACUAAAUAUGAUUCUCACAGAUUUAGAAGGAAAGGUCUUAGGUGCUCAAAGUUUGACAUUGGAUUCUCUUAAGCCAUUUUCAAUGCAUUAGUCCUGAAGCGACUUCACUUAAGCUCUAGCUCAUGCCAGUGUAAGUGUGUACAUGUUUCAUCAACACAAGUGGAGCAAUAUUACAGCACACUUAAAGAGUUAGACCACUUUGGUUGUUAACAUCAGAAUGAGAGGUUGUUUCUUCCUUUCAAUUUUUUCUCACGAGUUUUUUUUUGUUAAAUAGCUUUAAAUUGUCAGAGAAACUUAAUAUUAAAUAACAAAUUAGAAAGCACCAUAUAACAAAUUUACAGAAAACUAACGUAGUCCUUGAAUAGUGCUGAAGAUUUUCCCUUCAUACAUAACUUACUAACAUGUUUUGUGUAUGGAACAUAGCUUUUCAAAGAGAACUAGAACCCUAUUCUAAAGUUUGAUUUGUGCUUUAAGCUAUCAAACUCAUUGCUCAAGAUUCUUUUUGACAUUCUAGUUUAUCUUUACUUGUGAAUUGAAAUAUGAUGCAGAGCUAAAGAUUUGCUUCUGAUUCCUACUCUAAUGCUUGCAGGACGGGCUAUUCCUUUGCAAUAAAGUUGUACCUCUAUUCAUGUAAAGGCAACUUUUUUUCUCAAAGAACCACUUGUUUUAAAGUGCUCAUGCAGCUCAUUUUAUUUUAUUUCUUAAAGAACAGCAGAGAACUGCCAUUUAGUCUGUGGGAAAGCAAUAAGGAAUGUCAAUGUAUUAUCUGUUUAAGAAUGUAUGCACUGGAGAACCUUUUGUAUUUCAUAUAGCCUAAGUUCUACUGGAGCUAUUAACAAAAAAAUAAAGUUUACAUAUAUUUAUAGCAUU